AUGGCGGCCAAUAACAAAAUUCCUCUGACGAACAAUAACAUGAACGCUGUGGCUAACAACAUCAGCAAUAGCAACAGCAUCAUGCCGCCAGCAAGCCCCAGUCACAGUAGCACGGCGGAUGACGAAUCCUUCUACGGCCUUCCGGAAAUACCACCAAUUUCCAGGAUUUGGGGAAAGUAUGCAUUCGCAGUAGAAGUCAUUCAACAACCCAAACGUGCUCGCAUGUGCGGAUUUGGAGACAAGGAUCGCCGUCCUAUUACACCGCCUCUUAUUGUCAAACUCCACAUUUUUGAUCCAGAAACCCAUCAGGAGAUCGACUACGUGAAGGUCGUGGAUCUGUCCAAGUUUAUCCUCGGCGUUGAUUUGUGGGAUGUGUAUGGCAACCACGAGGACAACUGUGUCAGAAACAACACGACAUCUCCAUCAAUAUCAACGACUAUCACUACUCCUUAUCCUCCACUAACCACCACUGGCAUACGCGCGACACAGCCGCUCCGCCCUUACGACGUCACAAAUCUCCCCAGUUGGCGUGGGGCCAGAGACUCGUCCACGCCAACAAGCGUACCCACAUCCGCCUCAUCUGCCUACAAUAAUGAUUCCUUCGAACAACGUAACCCGCCGUACCAGUACAGCAACGACGUGCAUUACAACGGUCACCUUCAGAAUGGCUACGACGCGUCUUCACAUCAUCAAAAGUCCCCGCAUGAACCAAUCCCUUCCACGGCCGCACCGCUUCGUUCCUCUCGAUCCUCGCAAGAUCUGGGAUCACUAAACCCAGUCAGGGGCGAACCUUCCAAGAAUCUCAUCGGGCAGUGCCAUACUAGUGUUCAAAGAUUGGAUGACGAGAAUAAGGAGGUAGGGCUCUACUUUAUCUUUCAGGACUUGAGUGUGCGGACGGAGGGCUGGUUUCGACUAAAAUGCACCCUUUUUUCCUUGGCAAAGCUCAUCAUGGACGAUGACGACGACGACAGCGACCCUGCUUCAAAUGAGCUUUAUCGUGAAGCCCCCUGUCUGGCCUCGACCUUCACAUUGCCGUUCAAAGUCUUCAGUGCGAAAAAGUUCCCAGGAGUUGUCGAAACCACACAUCUGAGCCGGAUAUUUGCGGAUCAAGGCAUCAAAAUACCCAUCCGUAGAGAUGGGCAGAGAGGGAAGAAAAGGAAUGAGGACAAUGGUGAUGGCGCAAAUGGAGACGCAGAAUACGAAGGAGACGACGGAAUAUCUGAUGAGUUGCUGUAG